GAUAACGACACACCAAACGUGUUAGUAUUGUAAUUAGAUAGAUCCGAAAAAAUCAAGAUGGCGACGUUAUUACUGAGGAACCUGGGUCGUCAGACUUUGGCAUCAAAGCAUCAGGGAGUGUUUUGCAUGAUCAAGUCAAGUGGUCCAAUGAGUACUAUGCAGGCAUACAAACAGAUGGAAGAAUUCUGGGCCAAGAACAGAAAACUGAAACGUCCUCUCUCUCCACAUCUUAGAAUAUACAAACCAGAAUUACCCAUGAUGACCUCAUUGGCUCACAGAGUAACAGGCAUAGCUAUGGCACUGACUGUCUCAGGGGCCUCAUGCUUUUUAUUCCUUGCUUCUGGUGUUGGUGAUUUCACAUAUUGGCUGAGCCUCGUACAGUCACUAGAGCUGGGACCUGCGAUUAUUAUAGGCAUGAAAUACCUUCUUGCUUUCCCUGUCUGUUAUCAUUACAUCAAUGGAAUCAGACAUUUAGCAUGGGACUGGGCGUGGGGUUUCGGCCUUCAGAAACUGUAUAAGACUGGAUAUUUCGCUAUCACUCUCUCCUUCAUUGUUGCAACGGCGUUUGUGUUUGGUUUCCCGCUCAGUAAAUAAAGGACAAGAAAUGCAGGGACAGUACAUGUAUUUAGAUGUGAUUUAUAGUCUGCUGUAGACAGUGGUUCUCAGGCUCUUUGAAAGUAAAAAACACCCCACUGAAGAAAUAUUUUGCUAUUAAAAAAUUAUUAUAUUCCCACUGCAAAAUUAUGUCCACUUUAAAAAGUUUAUUGCUAUAUUUCCUCAUCAGAAUAAUCACCCACUCGUCAGAUGUUAAAUCAGGAAAUUCUUUUGUAAAUGAAACAGUUUCACCUUGUAAAAAUGUUAUUUUUGCUGGCCCCUUAUGCUAUAUUUUUUCUAAUAUAAACCCCGAGUUUGUUUUGUUAGUCUUGUUAUACUGUAACAUAUUUAAAAUAUAUCUGUCUUAUAAAUUCUGUAACGGAGGUGAUAUUAAAUAAAUUUCUUUCAUGAAAGAGCCUGAGGACAGAUUCAGGCUGUUAAAUGCUAAUGAUGUUGUAGCUAAAUCCUCGAGUAGAACAGUUUGUAUUGGUUGUCAUUCUCUUCUGUUCUUAUGACACAGAAAGGCAGGACUACCAGGUGUAUCGAUAUCAAAGUUUAUAUCAUACAAGCCAUACUAUUUUGCUAUUUAACUAUCAUCUAUACAGUACUAAGUAUUAUACUUACAACUUCUAUAUUUAGUAUCUUACACAAUGUAUAAUUUCUCAAGAAAUCUAAUGUAUUGUACAGAAAGUAUAUUAAAUCACUGUAAUUGUUUAACAGGGGCAUGUUUGUGCAGCAUCACUAUUGGAAGAACCUUUAUAAUAAAUUUUGUACGAUAAUUUUAAAAAGUACAUUAAAUUUUUGCUUCACUAUUAAGAAUGUGAAUUUGAUUGUGCAUUUGUUAAUUUUGAUUUGAAAAAAUAUUAGUUUUAUACAUAUAUGUAGUUUAAUCUCGCAGUGGUCUGUGUACCAAUGUCACAGUGUCCUUGACUUUUUCCAACCAGAUAUUUCUUGUCAAUGUGAUUAUUAUUGAAGUGCUUUUUAAGUUCUUAUUUAUUGAUAGUGCAAUGGAUCAUCACAGUUUGGUGCAGAAUUUACAUAGAUAUGUAGGCAUAAUAUAUUUUACACUUCUAAAGUGGUAGAUUGUAUGCUGAUUUGAUAAAUUUCAAAAUUUUGAAAACAGAAAGAAUUUAAUUGUAUAAUAUUUGAGACACUAAACUACCAGACAUAUUUGUAUAUAAUAUAUGCUGAUAUGAUAUGCAGUGAUAUUUUUAGAUCCAUGCAGUGCUGAAAAAACUAAAAACACCUAUGUUUUUUUUUAUCCGAAACAAAGUUUGCAAGAGAAUGGAAAAUAUUUAUAUAUUCAUGAUAUCUAGUAUUUAACCUUCCCUGUCAAAAUUUACUUUUUGGUUCAUGUUUGUGCUAUAUUGCCAGUCUGUAUUCAGUGCUAUAUUUUGCUAGACUAAAGUAAAAACUUGGGAGAAAAUAAUUCUGAUGAUUUGUUUUGGACGUCAUGUCAGAUCUGUUUGCUCUUGGUCUUUCGGACAUUUAGUAAUACAUGUGGUUUUAACUAUUUACUGGUAAGCCAUUCAGUAUGUUUCUAUUGUGAAAUUUUAAAUAUCUUUCAUCAUUUUUAUAGUUAAAUUAAAGCUGAGCUUUAUAAAUUGUGUAAGCUUUCUCCAAUUUCUUUUUAGUGUAAUGCAAUGUGUGACAUUUACAUGUAAUAUAAAUGUAACCAGGUGCCAUAACACUAGGUAAUAGUGCUGUUAAUUUUCUGUUUGCUCCUACUCACUAGGUAAUUUUAAUGAUUGUUUUUUUUUUGUUCCUGAGAAUCUUUAAUAUAUAUAUUGUUGCUAAACUGUAUUGUGUGUGUAAAGAAAAAAAAUAAAAUUGAAAACAAAUAUUUAAACAAG